GUCAUGACCUUACUUAACAAAAAAUUGACCAAUGAAAAUGCUUGUUUCUUUAUCCAGUUCGAUAUAUCAAUCCAAAAUGGCGUCGUACGAGAAAGUGGUUCAGUUGUUUAAAGUAGAAUUAAAAGAUAAGCAGAAAGAGAUACUAGACUCGAUUCUUGGUAAGCGACAUACGUUAGCUGUCCUUCCUACUGGAUAUGGGAAGUCUCUUCCCUACCAGAUGUUCGUUCCUGCGAUGAGAGAGCGACUUGGUGAACGCGAGGAGACGCCGAAGGUGGUCGUUUGCUGUCCUCUUGUGGCUUUGAUGGAGGAUCAAGUCAACCGUCUGAACGGUGUUGCAGGCCUCAGAGUAGAGUACAAAGGUAAUUCCGCAGAGGGAGAUGAGAGAAUAAAAGCAGGGGACGUUGACAUCAUUUUUGCCUCGCCUGAAGCGCUUGUUGGAGAUCCCCAGUGGCGUUCUUAUAUACAGAAGCUGAAUGUUGGCCUCCUGGUUAUAGAUGAAUUUCAUACCAUUGCUACGUGGGGUGGUGAUGAAACCGAUGAAGAAGAAGUUGUUUUCCGAAGAUGGUUUCGCCAUGUUGGGGAAUUUCGCACCUUACACCCAUCUGCCACCGUCUUGGCGUUGAGUGCUACAUGCACUACAAAGAUCAAGAACAGGGUCAUGAAAGUAAUGUGCCUGAAGUCAAGUGAUAUUAACUUUGUUUCGGUGUCUCCGGACAAACCUAACAUCAAAUUAUGUGUUAAGAAGAUAGAUCAUGAUAUUGCAUCUGCCAUGUAUUGGUUAGUAUCUGCUGGUAAUUCAAGUAUUUUACCAAAAAUUCUUAUAUAUUGCAAAUCCAUUGCAGAUGUUGCUAAUGUGUUUCAUUAUUUGCAUUCUGAGCUUGAUAACAAAAGUCAAAUAGAAAUGUUUCACUCUGAGACUCCAUCUGAAAAAAAGAAAUUUAUUAUAGAACAACUUUCAAGGUCUGAUAGUGAAGUGAAAAUAAUUGUCGCUACAUCAGCAUUAGGAAUGGGUAUUGAUAUUGCAUGUUGUCAUUCAGUUAUUUUGUAUGGUCCUCCUACAAGCAUUGUUGACUUUGUACAAGAAUUAGGUAGGGUUGGGAGAGAUGGUCAGCCAUCAUCUGCCAUUAUUUUGUAUAGUUCCCAACAUAAAAGACGUGUUGACAAAGAUGUUAGACAAUUUUUAGAUAGUAAAGAUUGUAGAAGGAGGAAUCUAUUGUCUCAUUUUUUAGAAGAGUUAACCAACUGUAUUCAAAAUGAUUCUCAUGUUUGUUGCGAUAUAUGUGAGGUGAAGUGCAAUUGUGGUAGGUGUGAAAAGACCGAGCUAGAAACCUUACUUGAGAUUAAUGAAUGUGUUGAAUGUGAGGAUGUGGUGGAAGAUAGUGACACUGAUACUGAUUUGUAUUACAAUGAAGAUGAAUUAUCAGAUGAUGGUUUUUAUGCUUCAUUAGAUGAUAUGGGUAUUUAGCAUAAUGUAUUUGGCCAUUUUAUUACUUCAUAUAUAUGUUACUUUUGUGUAGAAUGCAUGCAUUUAUUUUUUUAUUUGUAAAAUAUAAACUUUCUUGGUUGUUCCAUGCAGUCUUAAUUGACUUCAUUUGUGUUAUUAACUCACCCAUGCAUUUAUACAUAUGUUGUAUGAUCUGUUGCUGUGGACUUAACUGUAUUGGAUUGUUUACAUGAUACAUGUACUUUGACAAUGCAUUAAAUGUGAAUAGGUAAACAUGAUUUAGCUGUGAAAGGAACAACAGACAAUUUUUAAAUGUCUAAGCCUCUUUUGAGUUUUUACUUUCAUUGAGACAUUGAAAAUAAACAAUUUUUUAGAUAUGUAAUCGUUUUUCAACUUUGAUAAUGGAAAUGUUCCCAUCUUAUUUUGUCAUAAAUCAAAUUUCUUUAUAAUUUUUAAUAAAUUAAUGUAAACAUAUAUUCAAAUGGUUUUGUUGCAAUUUUCAAAUACUGGAUUACAUCUUGUGUCAAAAGUCGGCAACUUUGGGUGCCUGGGCUGUGUUUUACAAAAGAACUUAUCCUACAAAUAAAUGAAUGCUCAGUAAUCACAAACUAAUCAAUGGUCAUUUUAAUGGCUGUUAAUUAUAGAAAUCAAAUAAGUGUAAAUUAAUGGUUUUUAUAUAAAUAUUACUCAUCAAAGAUCAUUCCAUGCGACUUAAAAUAUUUACGGCUUUGUCGUAAGUUCUUUUGUAAAACACAGCUCAGGU